CUAUUGGCUCUUGCUGCUGUCAGUCUUUGAAAGGACAAAAGCAGACGAGUCAGUACAUGAAAGUUUAGGAAAUGUCGUUCACUUAACAAGAUUCACUCGCUGCGGUUGUGCUCUAUCACUGUAGCAUAUGUUUCAGUGAAAGGUCUUUUCGGCUGUGGCGUGUUCUGUGCAGGACUCAAGGGUAACUGGACCUGUUGAUGUUGAGUUGGCGUUUUGGAUGAAGAGCCAAAGAGAGUCCAGACAUUAUAACUAAGCAGAAUUGUGCUGUUGCUCGAGUGCCAUGACUGUACGCAGAGUGAACGUGGUUAUUCUUGUUCUGCUUGUCAUCGCCUUUUUAAUUAUUUUGCAUCGGAAUCUGCUGAAUCUCAAUGAUUUCCUGAAGCAAGAGAAUCCAGACACAGCGUCUGGGAUGGUGCUGCCCUUUGAGACGGACUUCCUGUCGGAUCAUAAGGUCAUCAGGACAGGAGAUGAGAUUCCAGUGGUCAUCACCGCUCCAGAGGAGAGACUGGGAGCUACUGUCACCGCCAUGAACAGCAUCUACCGCAACAGCAAAGCCAAUGUAGUAUUCAGUAUAGUGACACUAAAUGAGUCGGUGGUCCAUCUUAGAACAUGGUUGAGUAAGACUGACUUGAAGCACAAAAUUAUCGUAUUUGAUCUGAAGAUCCUCACAGGAAAGAUUCCUACUGAUCCUCAGAAGGUGGAGGCAGUGAAGCCGUUGACCUUUGCUAGAUUCUUCUUGCCUGUUUUCUUGCCGGAAGCAGAGAAAGUAAUUUACCUGGAUGAUGAUGUUAUUGUACAAGGGGACAUUCAGGAGCUUUUCGACAGCAGUAUUAAGUUGGGACAUGCAGCAGCUUUCUCAGAGGACUGUGACUCUGCGUCCUCUAAAGGCAUCGUCAGAGGAGCUGGAAAUCAGAACAGCUAUAUUGCUUUUCUGGACUUCAAAAAAGAGGCGAUCAAGAAGCUUGGAAUGAGAGCGAACACUUGCUCGUUCAAUCCUGGAGUCUUUGUGGCCAAUUUAACUGAGUGGAAGCAGCAGAAUAUCACCAGCCAGCUUGAGUUCUGGAUGGAGCGCAGUGCCAAGUUAGUUUGUGUUCUGCUGUUUUAUGUUACUGGAAACUACAACAUUCGUUCGUUCAGAAAAUGUAUGUCAUGGCUGCCAGCUCUGUGUUAG